GCAUGGAUAAACAGCAGAUGUCGCAGCAUUUGGCUCAUUCAUCGUGAGGAAGUGUAAGGGAUUUCCAAAUUCAUAUCAACCCGAGCUAUAACAUGUUACAGGUGUCCUACCGUUACACGAUGGCAUACUAGUUUCCUGAUCUGGAAGUACGUCAAUGACCAUUAAUCUCUUCACAUUAGACAUAUCUAUGUAUAUCUGGCGGUGAUUACUAAUCCUGGAGUUUCCGUUCAGUGUCUGUUCUGGCAUAGACCUAUUGGAGAGGCAUACUGUACAGCUAAAUGACCGGAAGUUUGUGCGGCAAGCUGCCAUUUUUCCGCCCCAGACAUUCUCCCCCCAGUACCUUGCAUGCAGGUAGGAACCGUGCCUUUUGAUUGCCAUUGGCCUUGUGAGCGGGUUAUAUACAGCAAGUACUCGCCAUGGAAAUUUCUUUACAACUGGAACAGCCAUAUUAACAAACAUGAGUACCAAGUAUGCUGCAUCCUUGGCCAACUCUUCCCACCUCCCAGCCUUGAAGGACUUUAUUGUCAAAUUCUACAAGCUCUCCGACACCAAGCCACCAGCAGACCUAAUGGAGGACCUCUACGUUCAGUCCUUCCGCCCGGAUUCCAUCUUGAAAAUUGGUCUCAUCACAGCUGAGGGGACUGAGAAAAUCGGCCAGUUACGCCAGGGAAUGUGGAAAUUUGUCACUCAGAGACACCAUGUCGUGCUCAAUGUCGCUCCGGUCUCCGAUGUGGAAUACUUUGUCAAUGGCUACGUCGAUUACACCUUGACCAACGGAAAGCAAUUGACCUCCGAAUGGGCCGGAUAUAUCGACUUUGGUGAGGUUGGGCAGGUUGGUAGGACUAUGAAGUUCUACCAGGUCUAUCUCGACUCCACCCAAAUGAAAGAUGCCCUCAAGUAAGUAUCAGUGUAUAAUUCAAUGUAAUCUAUUUGGGAAAAAUCACUAGCCCCUGAUACUUGUACCCAAU